AUCGUGUGUGUGAAUUUACGGAUGACGCCACUGCAAGUGAGAACGAUACGUUAGGCGGCGUUGACUAUGGGACCAGAGGCAUGGGCGUGUGUGCGGACCCUGGGUCUUAUCGAUGGUGUCAGGCAUUGAGCCGGUCGCGUUCGUCGUGCGCCACAAAUACAAAGCUACCAACAGGAAAGCAACAUCAGUCGCAACAACAAUCAGACACAAUCAGCGAAAGUACCAGAGCAGAGUCAACAAUCGUAGCAUUCGCAUUGAGAAGAGCUACGGCGAUUCACGCCGCUUCGACUCAAACGCUGACGGCAUCGCCGCCGAAAACGGCUGCGUUCACGGUGAAAGCGACGAGCAGGAGACAUUACGACGAGGACGACAACGACGUCGCCGAGGACGUCGACGGUUGCGCUAGUGCCGCCAGAACCUGCCACGUCAGCGGCGGAUCUAUAAAGACUCUGAAAUUUGUACUGAUUUGGCUGCUUGCCUUAUUGGCAAAAAAUGCACAAGCUCACAAUAUACCAGAAGACGCUGUGCACAUCACAGCCAUACUGGGCGAGGGUGUCGUCUUCAAUUGCCACGUUGAGUUCCCCAACGAUCAUCCGGUGCCAUAUGUCCUGCAGUGGGACAAGAAGGUGAGCGAAACGGGCUCCGAUCUGCCCAUAUAUAUCUGGUAUGAGAGCUACCCGGAACACAUUGAGGAGGGCUACAAGGGACGCGUGUCGCGUGUGUCGCAGGACUCGCCGUUCGGCUCCGCAUCACUCAACCUGACCAGCAUUAGAGAAUCGGAUCAGGGAUGGUACGAAUGCAAGGUCGUAUUCCUGAACCGAGAUCCUAAGCAGCAUAAGAAUGGUACAUGGUUCCACUUAGAUGUACAUGCACCGCCACGCUUUAGUGUUACACCCGAGGAUAUUAUAUAUGUUAAUUUAGGUGAUUCAAUUAUACUCAAUUGCCAGGCAGAUGGCACACCAACUCCAGAAAUUCUUUGGUACAAGGAUGCGAAUCCCGUUGAUCCAUCGCCCACGGUGGGCAUCUUCAACGAUGGCACCGAGCUACGGAUCUCCACCAUACGGCACGAGGAUAUCGGAGAAUAUACUUGCAUUGCACGCAAUGGUGAGGGACAGGUCUCCCAUACGGCCCGCGUUAUAAUUGCGGGCGGCGCUGUAAUAAUGGUGCCGCCCACCAAUCAAACGAAACUCGAGGGAGAAAAAGUGAUAUUCUCAUGCGAGGCUAAGGCCAUGCCCGGCAAUGUCACGGUGCGUUGGUUCCGUGAGGGCUCCCCGGUGCGCGAGGUGGCCUCCUUGGAGACACGCGUCACCAUUCGCAAGGACGGCUCGCUGAUCAUUAAUCCGAUCAGUGCGGACGACACGGGACAGUAUUUGUGCGAGGUGACCAACGGCAUUGGAGAUCCGCAGAGCGCUUCGGCCUACCUGAGUGUUGAAUAUCCUGCCAAAGUGACCUUCACUCCAACCGUGCAGUAUCUUCCGUUUCGAUUGGCCGGCGUCGUGCAAUGCUACAUCAAGUCGAAUCCACAGCUGCAGUACGUUACCUGGACGAAAGACAAACGCCUGCUGGAGCCCUACCAAAUGAAGGACAUCGUGGUAAUGGCCAAUGGUUCGCUGCUCUUUACGCGGGUCAACGAGGACCAUCAGGGACGCUACACGUGCACGCCCUACAAUGCCCAGGGCACGCAGGGCGACUCGGGUGUAAUGGAAGUGCUCGUCCGCAAGCCGCCAGCGUUUACCGUCGAGCCGGAAACGCUUUAUCAGCGCAAGGUCGGCGACAGCGUCGAGAUGCACUGUGACGCAGUCGAAGCAGAGGGCACGGAGCGGCCCACAAUCAAAUGGCAGCGCCAGGAGGGCGAGCAACUGUCGGACUCACAGCGCAAUCGCGUCAAAAUAUCUGGUGGCAACAUCACAAUCGACAAUUUGCGUCGCGAAGAUUUUGGAUACUACCAGUGCGUUGUCUCCAACGAGGUGGCCACUCUGAUGGCCGUCACCCAGCUGGUCAUCGAGGGUACCCAGCCGCAUGCGCCCUACAAUAUUACGGGCAAGGCCACCGAGUCCUCCAUAACGCUGCAGUGGCUGCCUGGAUAUAGUGGUGGCUCCGAGUACAAACAGGACUACACGAUUUGGUAUCGCGAGGCGGGCGUCAACGACUGGCAGACAAUAUCGGUGACGCCGUCCGGCAGCACCCAGGUGACCAUCAACGGAUUAGCCUCGGGCACCAGCUACGAAUUUCAGGUGGUUGGCCGCAACGUGCUCGGCGAUGGUAUGAUGAGCAAAGUAAUGACUGUGCGGACUCUGGAAGACGCUCCGGCAGCGCCACGUAAUGUCAAGGCUGCAACACAACCGCCCGAUCACUUAUUUCAGCCAAUGCCAGACGAAGCUGGACCUAAGCCCGGACCACCACGCAAUGUGUCCGUUACGGAAAUUUCGAAUGGUUUCCUUAUCACCUGGCAGUCGCCGUUGGAGCGCGCACACAUCGUCAAGUUCUAUACCAUUAAAUAUCGCACGGAUGCGGAGUGGAAGACGCUGAACCGCGGCCAGAUACGCCCGGAGGAGACACAGUAUCUGGUGAAGAACUUGGUGGGCGGACGCACCUACUAUUUCCGCGUGCUGGCUAACUCAGAAAAAUCAUACGAGUCCAGCGACGAGGUGAAAUUCCCAGUGCCGGCGCGUGUCAAACAUAAAGCUAUAACAGCCGGCGUCGUUGGGGGCAUCCUGUUUUUUAUUGUUGCGAUCAUUUUAUCGGUUUGUGCCGUAAAAAUUUGCAAUAAACGUAAACGACGAAAACAGGAAAAAGAGUUCAACAUGGUAGCUUGCAGGAUAACCGACGCUCGUAACAUUGCGGCCAAUAAUCAUCAUCAUUUGCACAAUCGCAGUACGGGCUCAAUUUCCUCUGGUCAAGUGCCUUUAAAAAACAAUACUGAACAUUAUCGUGAUUAUGAAAGCGUUUUUAUAGUUCCAGGUCAUCCUGUCAUAAUCAAAAUCGUACAAACAAACCCGAAUAUCAAGUCUAACUGCAAUACUUAUCGCCAUUUGCACUGGAUUUGGCCACCCGAUCGCUGCACCAACUGCCAUUCCAUCUACAGUUCGCCCAAUAUUCAAGACGACGGAAAACGGCGCUCCGCACAGGACGGCGGCAAGCUCGGCUACGACCUGAGCCUAGAGAACAGCAUUGACGUCGUGGACGGAGCUCUGUUCGAACGUCGCAAUAGCAAUGUAUCCCAAAAAUCCUCCAGCGACGAUGGAGGCUUCCUUUCGCGUCGCAAUUUCAUCACAGCACGUGCCUCGUGGCGCCGUCCCCUGGUGGCAUCAUCCAGCCAAGUCAGCCUGCAGUCGGCAGCGGAUUCGGCGAGGGGUUUCCUCCAGGGAUUGGGCGGCCUGCUCAAAAUUGGCGGCUCUGUCAAACAGCAGCUAUCCGAAGAGGCUGUGUCCGGCGCCAGAUACCAAAACGUGCUGCGUCCCUACAGCUCCAACAUAUACAGGAACACGGCCAACAGCGGACCAUUGCACAUCAACACGAUCAGCGGCAGUCUGAGUCACGGCCAGCAGCUGAUGUCGCCACAGCUCUACACACCUUCGCGUGCCUCUCGCAUUUUUUCCAGCUCGCCGGCGAGCACACCUGGCCACCAGCAGCAGCAGCAACAGCAAUUGUCGUAUAGCGGCGCCUAUCCAGGCCAACACACACACUUCAGCGAUCUCAGCACGGUUUAUCCCAACUCCGCGGAACGAUCAUUGCCCACAUCACACUUGAGUGGCGCAGGCAAUCUGAGCCGCUAUCGUUAUCAUUCGCAGGAGCUGCCGUCCCUGCGUACGAUUCAGGAGGAGACGCGUCGCCAACAGCAUCCGCAUCCGCAUCAGUCGCAGCAUCCGCUGGAGGAUCACUUUGUGCCGCUGCAGUUGCCUUCGCCGCCUUCUUGGCGGAACUACUACCAAACGCAGCUGCCGUAUCAGAGCUACAGACCCCGCACUCGCUGGUAUCCCCGGCACUACUCCAGGCUGUUUAGCCGCCAGCAGCACGAGCUGCUGUCGCCGCUGCCCGACCUGAACCUGUCGCUGCGCGGGACGGCCCAUGGAGCUGGCGUGGGUCUGGAGGCGUCCCCGGAGUCGCGUUCCAGCUCGAGUGGCUUUGGCUCCAAGAACACGUCCAACCAUCCGGGCAGCACCAGCGAGUGGCGGCUAUUGCCACCCUACCGUCCCCCGCCGUCGCCGCCAAAACAUUCGGCAUACUUUGGCCUGAACAUCGCAGCGUCGGGCAGCCAGCAGGCGCAGGCUCAAACCCUGGUGCCGGGUCAACUGCAGCAGCAGCCAUAUCACUAUUCCUAUUUGCAGCCGAGUCCGCCUUCGGCUGGUCUGACGCCGCCUUACACAAUGGGGCACUGGCUGGAAAUGAUCUCAAGACUAAACGCAGCGACGGAUAGCAACCUGCCCAGGUCCAACUGCCAGGUGGACGUCGGCAGUGUCGAUGGCCACUAUGAAUUCGACCCUGCCACGCCCACGCCGAGCGCCUCAACACCUACAGGAGUCGGUCUGCUGCGCGACGAUCUCAAUCUUCACAUAGAUACGCACCACUAUCCACACCAUCCUCAUCCUCAUCAUCAUCAUCAUCAUCAUCAUGCAUCCUAUCAUCAGCACGCACAUCACACUCUGGGCCCGUUGAGCGGCAGCUUGUUGCACGCCUCGGCCGCGGCCGGAUCCAGCUUAUUCGGAGGAUCUGUGCCCCGCAAGAUGCGGAGCCUGCCGCGCUAUGACAAUGUGGAAGCUCGCCUCCAGGCCAUGCGGGAGGAGUUCUAUGCCUAUCGCAAACGCCAGUCCAUGCAGCGGACGAGCGGCCCCGAAAUCGAGAGCGUCUGCUGAGCCCUGCCACGCCCUGUCACAUUUGCGACCGCAAUGCAAACAUGUAUCCAAUACACAACCAUAUGUAGAAAGUAAGCCAGCACCUGAAUGGAAUGACUGCACCUGCAGUCGGAAAAUGCAAUCGAAGUCAACCGCAUAAACCAUAUGAUUAAAUAAUAUCCAAAGCAGUGCAGGCCCAGCUCAGAUAGUGCAUCUGCCUGCCCAAUCCAUGUUACAGUCAUAUUACGGACUACAAUUAUUUAAAGCCAAGAACAAUUAGUAGUUUUCUAUGAUAGAGCAAACGGCAAAACAAAACAAAAAACAAAAUCAAGUUAAACAAAAUAUAGGACACCAAGCAAGAGAAGAAUUUUUGUAAAUAUUAAAUGCAUUCAGUGGUAAAAAUUAUAAAAAAGGCACGCAGCAAAAUGAGAGCAACGUUUAAAAAUAAUAUUUAAAAAUUAAAAAAAAGAAAAACUAUAGCAAUUAUGAGAACAUAUUAUUACUUAAAACUCAAUAUAUUAUGUAAUUGUAAUUGAUAUUUGAACACAAUAUGCAAAAUGAAUAUUAUUUAUAAAAUGAUGUAUUAGAUACUUAAAGCAUAGGCGACACACAGAUUGAUCUGUUAAACAUCAAUUACAAAUUAAAAAAUCCACAAACAUAACGGUACAUUAUGUUAAAUUAAUAUUUACGUAAAUUGAAGCAAAGUAUGAUAGUGAUUAAGUCUUUAGUUGUUAGACUAAACGAUCGAAGUGUUAAAAUAAAAGCGAUAAAAGCUCGGAAAAUCAACAUAUAGAAAGAAUUGUUUUAUAAUUAAAUUAUUUAAUGAAAACCAACAAAAUAAUAAGAUUGAUAACAGUUUAACAAUAAUUACAUUUAAUAUAACUGCUGCAUAUGUAUAUGUUUACUGUUGAGCUACACAAAUAAUUAACUCGAAAGAUAUAUUUAUUGAAAACCUAAAUACUUUUUCCCGGUACGAGUAUAGGCAAAUACUUAAUCCA